AUGCCCUCACUUUUUACUCCCUCAACCUUUGCUACGACAGACACAAAUUCAUCUGGUUGGUGGAGAAAAAUACGGAAACAACUCAAUUUCUACCGAGUCCACAUCCUCUGCUUCACAUUCACCCCCCUCAUUUUUUCUGCAAUAUUUUUUGCGAGCAAUGGCAGAUAUAAGGUCUCAUACAUCGACGCUUUAUUCAAUUGCGUUAGCGCGAUGACCGUGUGCGGUCUGGCCACCAUUGAUCUCAGUGAAUUGACUGGAUGGCAGCAGACGAUUCUCUUCAUACAGAUGUGCCUAGGCAGUCCGGUUUUCGUCUCUUGGGUGAUAGUCCUCAUUCGAAAGUACUUUUUUGCUCGUAAAUACCAACACGUCCUCAAAGCUGCUGUCGCUCGCAAGGAUGCCCAAGCCGCAGAGGACUCUGCGAAGCGGAGGAAUUCGUGGUCAAAUCGGAUACACACUUAUGUGCAUUCGGGAAAGAAAUUAUCUGUCGUUGCCGAAGAGCCGUUGCAGGCGAAGAAGAAAGUCGAAAGAGAGGAGAGUAAGGGAUUCAUCGGAAAAUUGAGACCAGAUAUGAUACGUCGGAUGGAUGAUGCGCCAAAACUCGUCAAUCCAAGUGGGACAGUUAGUGAGGGAACACCACUAGCCAUUCGCAAAAUCCCGACUGCCCACACGCAUACCGAUUUCCCCCGCCAGAUUUCCUUUGUCACACCCUCAGCGCUGGAAAGCGUUCACGACCAUAGUGGUAUAGCCAAAAGAUCGCGGCGACUCUCCGAUCCUGGCAAGUCCUCGGGGCUACCCUCUCCCUUGAAGCAACGACCUGGCGAAGGCGAAGCACUCAACCAUGCAGGCAAAAGAUUUCGUCGCUCACAAACGGUGGAAUUUUCGCUCCGCACACCCGACCAUGGCUUGAGUAAACCUGUGCUUGACCCUGUUCCCGAAUCAUCGAGCGCUAGACAAACGCUUGCACCUCACGCUUCGAUGACCACUUUUACAACACACCCUACGCAGCACACACACCACUCUCCUCGACAUAUACAAGAAUCUAAAAACCGAGGGUUUGGAGGCUUUCCAAUGCCAUUUGAGAUCAUCUCGUCCAUUUUUGCAAAGUUAUUUCCAAAGCUUAAUCAAAAAUUGACACGAACUCUCACCACUCCUGUAACGAUACCGCUGGUGUCCAAUAGAGAAGGUGGUGUGGAAGGUGGAAAGCAAGUACCUUACAUCUCCUUUGACGCUGUUGUGGGCAGGAAUUCGGCAUUCUACCUUUUGACGAGUGACCAAAUGGACGAGAUUGGCGGCGUGGAAUACCGUGCCCUGAAUUCCCUUCUUUGGAUCGUCCCAUUUUAUCAUAUUGGGAUCCAACUGUUUUGCUUCACAAUCAUCGCACCAUAUAUUUCCACAAAAAGGUGGAGCAGCAUCUUUGUGCCCCCAGAGCAGCUGAGACCGAUUCCUACCACAUGGUUCGCAGCUUUCCAAGUAGUUUCAGCGUAUACAAACACUGGGACAUCAUUGGUGGAUCAAUCCAUGGUGCCCUUUCAGAGGGCUUAUCCCAUGGUGAUUCUUGUGUCAUUCUUGAUCCUAGCUGGCAACACCUCGUUUCCGAUAUUCCUGCGUUUCCUAAUAUGGAUGCUAAGCAAACUCGUUCCAAAGAAAACGAGAUUUGGAGAAACGUUACAUUUUCUCCUUGAUCACCCUCGAAGAUGCUUUAUUUAUCUGUUUCCGUCCCACCAAACAUGGUUUCUUUUGACCAUAGUAUUGUUACUCACCAUUACAGAUUGGUUUUUCUUCCUAAUCUUGGAUAUCGGGAACCCAGUGAUAGAAGAAAUCCCACUCAAUGUCCGAGUCUUGGCGGGGCUUAUGCAAGCCAUCGCUGUUCGAGCAGCUGGAUUUGCGAUCGUACCCUUGGCAGCUCUUGCACCUGCAGUCAAGGUAUUAUUCGUCAUAAUGAUGUAUAUCAGUGUCUACCCCAUUGCGAUGAGUGUACGAUCGACCAAUGUCUAUGAGGAAAAGUCCCUAGGCAUAUUUGAUGCUCAUGAAGAAGAAUCAGAUGGCGAAUCGGAAUUUCAAGCCAGUGGCCCCAGGAUGACGGUCUGGAGUCGAUACCUAGCAAUGCAUGCCCGAAAACAAUUAGCCUUCGGUAGGCAAAUUCAAUGUAUUUCCAAGUACCAGAACGCCAACAUCUUUAUUGUAGAUAUGUGGUGGCUUGCCGGCGCCUUAUUUUUGGUUUGCAUCAUAGAGCGCGGCAACAUUAUGAACCCGGACAAUCAGUCCUGGUUUACCAUUUUCAACAUAAUAUUUGAACUGGUAUCUGCCUACGGAACGGUUGGUCUUAGCUUAGGCAUCCCCACCGACAACUUUUCUCUCUCUGGGGCAUUCCAUCCCCUGUCAAAACUCGUCGUUUGUUUGGUUAUGCUGCGGGGAAGGCAUCGCGGCUUGCCUGUCGCUAUUGACCGCGCAGUCCUGUUGCCUGAUGAGUUCGAGAAGACAGACGAAGAUAUGGCGGACGAUCGGAGUCAACAUUCACACACGAUGCGUGAAGAGGGCACGUUGGGCUCAAGACAAUCGAGGCAUUUAGAUGAGGAUGAGGGGUUGUGGCAAAGAGCACCUAGGUCAAAUGACGAAGAUGAUUAUGCAAUCCUGCCCACAGCCCGCCUAGCGGAGGCAGCAGCAGGCCAAGUUCCUCCUUGA